UCCAUAUGACCUCAGCGUUUGUUUGUUUACAAUUGUAAUUUUGGGAAUUAACCUCUUUGGAGAACUUAUUAUGAGCGAAACGAGCCAGGCUUUAGAUGAUGCUGGUGACAAUGAGAAGCGCCCUCAGUUCGGCACACGUUUACUCAAGGAUGACGCCGACGUUUUUAAGCACAACGCUUGGUAAAUAUCUGCAACGGAAUUUGGCCAGCAAAACUUGGGAACACACUCGCCAGCGCAAGAAACCAAGUGGAGCUGGUGGACGGAUACUCAGCGAUGCGCGGGAGGUGUUUGAGUUUAAUGCAUGGGACCACGUGGAAUGGGAUACGGAGCAGGAGCAGGCGGCACAAGCAGCUGUUGAAAAGAAUUCGACGCUGAAAAUGAGCGACGAUCAGCGGGAACGUUUCCAAACGGAUGCGCCCAAGUUCUGGGAUUCGUUUUAUGGCAUACACGACAACCGAUUCUUCAAGGAUCGCCACUGGCUGUUCACAGAGUUCCCCGAGCUAGCACCCCUGCAAGCCAACGAACAGUCACAGCCCCGGAGCAUAUUCGAAUUGGGCUGCGGCGUUGGUAAUACCAUACUGCCCAUACUUCAGUACAGCACAGAGACGCAGCUGCGGAUCUAUGGAUGUGACUUCUCAGAGCGAGCAAUUGAAAUCCUGCGCAAUCAGCAACAGUUCGAUGCCAAACGCUGUGAGGUGUUUGUAAUGGAUGCCACACAGGAGCAGUGGCAGGUGCCCUUUGAGGAGAACUCCCAGGACAUCAUUGUGAUGAUCUUUGUGCUGUCGGCCAUUGAGCCCGCCAAGAUGCAGCAGGUGUUGGAGAACUGCUAUCGUUAUCUGAAGCCAGGUGGUCUUCUGGUCUUUAGGGACUACGGUCGCUAUGACCUGGCGCAGUUGCGCUUCAAGAGCGGCAAGUGCCUGGAGGAUAAUUUCUACGUUCGUGGCGAUGGCACCAUGGUUUACUUCUUCACCGAGCAGGAGCUGCGGGACAUGUUCCAGAAGGCGGGCUUGCAGGAGGAGCAGCUAAUUGUGGAUCGACGAUUACAGGUCAAUCGUGGACGAUGUCUUAAAAUGUACCGUGUAUGGAUACAGACGAAAUUCCGUAAACCUCUUUAAACCCGAAAUCUAACCGAUUUCUACUCGUUAAAUAUUAAGUCAACAGUCAAAAAGCUACUCGUUACAUUUUAAUUUUGAAAGCUUUUCGCUCUCGUCCUUCUUCAAUGAGCUUUUUUCCCAAAUACACAUAACAGUUAAGAAAGCUGCAAGUUUUCGCAGUUGGCUAAAAACGUCUUUCAACACACACACACCGACCGAGCCAGUGAAGAAUUCCUUUGUAGAGCGCUCCGCUGCAAAAGGCUGUCGUGGCAAGUGGAACCCGCACAUACACACACACAUUUACAAAAAAAAA